AUGGUCGACAUGGGGGGCCUGGACAACCUGAUCGCCAACACGGCCUACCUGCAGGCUCGGAAGUCCUCGGACGCCGACAGCAAGGAGCUGCAGCGCCGGCGCCGGAGCCUGAUGCUGCCCGGGCCACAGAGCUGCGAGCAGCUCCGCCAGGCCCUGGCCACCGACUUCCACAGUCUUUGCGAGCAGCAGCCUAUCGGCCGCCGCCUCUUCCGGGACUUCCUGGCCACGGUGCCCGUGUACCAGGAGGCCAGGGGCUUUCUGGAGGAGGUGCAGAGCUGGGAGCUGGCCGAAGAGGGCCCCGCCAAGGGCAGCGCGCUGCAGGGGCUGGUGACCACUUGCGCCGCCGCCCCUGUCCCGGGGCAUCCACACCCCUUCUUCAGCCCAGCUCUGGUCACCAAGUGCCAAGCGGCCACCACCGAGGACGAGCGAGCAUCCCUGGUGGAGCUGGCCAAGGCCGAGGUCAUGGCCUUCCUGCAGGACCAGCCCUUCCGGGAGUUCCUGGCCAGCCCCUUCUAUGACAAGUUUCUGCAGUGGAAAGUCUUCGAGAUGCAGCCAGUGUCAGACAAGUACUUCGAAGAGUUCCGGGUGCUGGGGAAAGGUGGUUUCGGGGAGGUAUGUGCUGUCCAGGUGAAAAACACCGGUAAGAUGUAUGCCUGUAAGAAACUGGACAAGAAGCGAUUGAAGAAGAAAAACGGUGAGAAAAUGGCUCUCUUGGAAAAGGAAAUCUUGGAGAGGGUCAGCAGCCCGUUCAUUGUCUCUCUGGCAUAUGCCUUUGAAAGCAAGUCCCAUCUCUGCCUGGUGAUGAGCCUGAUGAAUGGUGGAGACCUCAAGUUCCACAUCUACAGCGUGGGUGAACCAGGCCUGGACAUGAGCAGGGUGGUCUUCUACUCGGCCCAGAUGACCUGUGGCGUGCUACACCUCCACUCCCUCGGCAUCGUCUAUCGGGACAUGAAACCCGAGAACGUGCUUCUGGACGACCUCGGCAACUGCAGACUGUCCGACCUGGGGCUGGCCGUGGAGAUCCAGGAUGGUAAACCCAUCACCCAGAGGGCUGGAACCAAUGGUUAUAUGGCUCCUGAAAUCCUAAUGGAAAAAGCGAGUUAUUCCUAUCCUGUGGACUGGUUUGCAAUGGGAUGCAGUAUUUAUGAAAUGGUUGCUGGACGAACACCAUUCAGAGAUUACAAGGAAAAAGUCAGUAAAGAGGAUUUAAAGCAAAGAACACUGAAAGAGGAAGUCAGAUUCCAACACAGUAACUUCACAGAGGAAGCAAAAGAUAUUUGCAGACUCUUCUUGGCUAAGACACCAGAGCAACGCUUAGGAAGCAGAGAAAAGUCUGACGAUCCCAGGAAACACCAUUUCUUCAAAACCAUCAAUUUUCCUCGCCUGGAAGCUGGCCUAGUUGAACCUCCAUUUGUGCCAGACCCAUCGGUGGUUUAUGCCAAAGACAUCAAUGAAAUCGAUGAUUUCUCUGAGGUUCGAGGAGUUGAAUUUGAUGAUAAAGAUAAGCAGUUCUUUCAAAGAUUUGCAACAGGUGCUGUCCCCAUAGCUUGGCAGGAAGAGAUUAUAGAAACGGGACUGUUUGCAGAAUUGAAUGACCCCAACAGGCCCGCAGGUUGUGGGGAGGGUUCAUCCAGGUCUGGCGUAUGUUUGUUAUUAUAA